AUGAAAAAGCGUGAAGAAAACGGACGAAACUUCUUGACUGAUCGAGGGAAUCAGGAUAGUUCUGAUUGGAUAGCUUUACCUAAAUUCAAUCACUGGCCUCAUGUAUUUAAUCUUACGAAUUGUAUUGUUGGUGUUAGCGUACUUGCAAUGCCGUACUGCUUGCAGCAGUGCGGUAUUUUACUGGGUAUUAUUUUGAUUUGCUUAUGUUCAGUACUAACCAAAAUUACUUGCCAUUUAUUAUAUCGAGGGGCUGUCCUAACGCGGAGUCGAAAUUAUGAACUGAUGGCAUCUCAUGCUUUUGGUAGCUGUGGGAAGCAUUUAGUUGAGCUGCUCAUGAUCUUAUAUUUAAUGUCAUCUGUGGUAUCGUUUAUGGUUGUUAUCGGGGAUAUAGGUCCUCAUAUUCUAGCUGAUUAUCUUGAACUGCAGGCACCGACUCAGAGGUUACGAAUUUUGGUUAUGGUAUUAGUUGUAAUUUUUGUUGUUUUACCACUAUCUCUAUUUCGCAGCAUAAAUAGUUUAUCAGGAAUCAGUUCAAUUACUGUAUUCUUUUAUGGUAUAUUCGUAUUGCGAAUGUUAAUUGAAUGUUUUCCUCGGAUUUUUGAUUCAAAGUGGAGCACUAAUAUCUACUGGUGGCGACACGAAGGUUUACUAAAUAGUUUUCCGAUUAUUUCGAUGGCUUUAUCUUGUCAAACGCAAUUGUUUUGUAUCACUGAUUGUAUACAAGAAAGGUCAAUUGCGAAGGUUGAUGUAGUGGUUUCUGGAGCAAUUAAUAUAUGUAGUAUCAUGUACACAGCGGUUGGUAUUUUCGGAUAUGUUGCUUUUCAUGAUGUUGAGUUACAUGGUGAUAUUCUGUUGUAUCUACAAAGUUCUUUUUUAACUCAGUUGAUGAAGUUGGGGUUUAUGUUAUCGGUGGCUGUUAGUAUUCCACUGAUGCUAUUUCCCAGUCGAAUUGCAUUCUACAAUCUCUUCUUAAAACCGGAUGCAGGUGAAUUCGUUAUAUUUCGGAUACCUUCCAUUAUAUUUGUAUCACUUACGAUGUUUCUUUUGUUUUUCAGUUUAUUGCUUGCCAUAAUUGUGCCAAAUGUUGAAUUUGUUCUUGGUUUAACGGGUGCAGUGAUUGGUUCCCUUGUGACUAUUAUUAUACCCUCAGUUUUGUUUCUAAUAGUUUCUCGUGAUAUGGAACGAAAUCGCUUGUUGGCGUUUUACGCAAAAAUAUCGAUAGUAAUUGGCUUAUUCAUGCUUGUUGGAAGUACUUGGACAGUAUUACAUACUGAACAAGAGCCAAAUGUUGUUGACGUAAUUUUACCAAAGCAAAUAAACAACGAAUUAAUGGAAAAUGCCAUCGAAAAUAAACCUAAGGACAAAUUUUAUGUAAAUGAUACGAAAUUAGAAGUAGGUGUAUAA